AGAAGGCCGAUGACUGUUUACGACAGUGAGAACUACGCACACCAUAUGGAUGCACACCAAGACUGAACAUGCUCCACUUGCAAAAUGGAGUGUAUCGAACCAUUGGCAGGAUGAUGUCUACAAUAAUAGUGCAAGGGGGUGAACCACCUGCAUUUCUGUCCCAGAGUGUAGUGGACUACAUUGUGUCUGGGGACAUCCUUCAAGCUCAUGUGACAACUGAGGAUAUAGGUGACCCUGAUUUAAGGGAGAACCUCAAUAAGGUUCAACAUGCAACCUUGCAGGAUGAUUUGGAGAAAGCAGUCAGCUGCUGUGACUCAUGGCGAUAUCAAGUAGAGGGGCUUCCACUCGUAGUCACCAUGGCCAACAGAGAUGUGUUUGUGAAAAAUACAGUUCUAUACCAUAUUGUUGUGCAACGGCAGAGCUGUCUUGAUCAACUCAUUGAUGGCUUGUCCCACUAUGGAGUUUUAUUACUCCUGAGAAAGAACCCCAGCUUGCGUGUGCUGCUUGACAUACCAGGAGAGGACAAAGGUCAAGAAGCUGAUUUUAUAGCUGGUAUUCUCAAGCCAAGCUACUCCGUACUGGGGAGCAACAGAAGAGCUAAGGAGGAGUUGAUGGUGGUCAAAUUUAGGGAGUUUCUCCAAUGUGUUGAAAAUAAAGAGCUGAGAGACACAGGACUCUAACCAACGAUGAGCCAACAUUCCUGAAGACUUUGAGCCAUGGUCACAUCCUGGCGUUUGCUACAGGGAGCAGCAAAGUCCCAGCCAUUGGUUUUCAUCCAACUCCUAAAUUAAUAUUAAUUCAUGAUGAAAAAAAACAUUUCCCAUUGCGCACACUUGUGCAAAUGAGCUUCACCUUUUUGUGAACGUAACAACAAUGGCUGAUGAUGAUGAAUUUAACUAGUGCUUCCUAGUAGCACUAAUGAAUUGAUCUUUUUCAGCACCAUUUAAACAACGAGACGUUUGUGGUGUCAAAUUUUAUUUUAACCAUUUGUUUAAAGAUUGUUUUAUAACGCCACAAGAUUUAGCUUCUUCAUGUGUGGAU